AUGAGAGCCCGAGGAAGUAACAAAAAACCUGAAGCAGUAACUAGAGAAUUUGAAUCUGCAGCAGUGAUAGAAAAUCUAAUACAACAGAUUGAAACACUUGAAGCAAGAUUAAAAAACCUGAGUAGUAAUAGAGAACUCAAAGUAAGAAAUCAAGAAACUCCUGGCCUAAUUCAGAAAUCAAGAACUCAAAAAUCAAGAUACCCAAAGCAACAAGGAUUUGAUGAAAAGAUCAGCUUGAAAUGGAAACUAAGAACCAGAAAGAGUCUAAGAUAUAAAAAUUAA